AUUCUUUUUCGAUUUGAGUCGACUCUAAAGGUUAUGUAUGUGAAUAUGUCAAAGUCAUAUGUACUUUAUUGUUAUUUUGUGUUCGAAUUUGGUGUACUACAUAUAUGUCAUGGGGUUCCAGGGGAAUGUCCUGAUGUAGCGUUCUACUAAUACAAGAAUUAUAUGUUGCUGACAAAUGUGGGCCCCUUCAUUAAUUUUCUUUUUCUUGGUGCACAUAGUUACGUCAGCAAAUAUGGAAACAAAUUGUUCAGUUCUCAAGGAAAUGUUUGCGAAUUCUACAUCAAAUUUUAUUGCUUGUUCAAUUAAUAGUUCACAGCCGAUAACUAUAUGUCAAGACUGCGUGCAAUUAUAUCUAAGUGUAAGUGAAAGCUACAAAAAUAUGACACAGCUUACAGAUAGUAAUCACACACACUGUAUCGAUUAUUUUAUUAAUUUAGACCGUUUACAAAUUGUUGAAAAUUUAUAUAGCAAUACCUACAACUUAUGGAGUGAUGCAAAAUGUGAUGAAUGCUUUCAAUUUGUUAAUGGAACUCUGACUCCUAAUAAAUCAGACGAAGCUCGAACAUUCCAGACAUACUAUUCAGAUUUUAUGCAUUGUGUGGACACACAUGAUAAUAAUGACACUAUUCUUUGUCCUAAAUGUAUAAAAGAUUACAUAAAAAUGAAUGAUUAUUUCAGUAGUUUUAGUAAUGAAAAUGAAAAAAUUGGGACAUGCAUGGAUAUUGUGGACUUGAUGAAUAAAACAAGAUCGUUUUGGAGUGAUAAAUGCUGUAAAUAUCGCAGACAUAAUGAGUAUGUUUUUAUGGCUUCUACAGUGACUGUUUUGAUAGUUACCCUUUGUUUCUACGUGAUAGCACAGUUUUGUUCAGUGAAAAAAGCUCCCACAAUUUUGCAACAGCGACGAUUUGCAGAGUCUUUCAACCAAACAAGUUAUUCAGAUGACCAGUAAUGAAAUGAACAGAAUGAAGCAAAACGCUACAUCGUGAUAUAUAUAUUUACAAACUUAUUUUUGCCAUAAUUUCAAAACUUUUCAUAUAUUAAACUUUUUUUAAAAUUCA